UACAUUAUUUAAGAUGUUUGGCAUUUUUUCAAGAAUACUUCUCAUUAUCAUUUCUAUUAUUUGUUUUGUCCUUUCACAUAAGUUGGAGGUAUGCGGUGCAGAACAUGCGCUUCCUACUCAACCAAUAAUCCCCGCAAAUCCUGAUAGUUUUAUGGGUGCUAACAUAGAUUGUAAGGGAAGAUGUCAUUAUCGAUGCAGUGUAGCAUCAAGAUAUAGAACUUGUCUUAGAGAUUGUAGCACUUGUUGUCAGCGCUGUAAUUGUGUGCCACCAGGAACUUCUGGCAAUGCAAACACUUGCCCUUGUUGGGCUGAUAUGACCACCAAAAAAGGUCGAAAGAAGUGCCCUUGAAUCUUCCAACACCCAAGAUGUGCCUAGCUACUAUGCAAAUUUCAUCAACACUAUGUUGUUUAAGUAAAUUUAUUACUAAUAGCAUAAGAUGACUACCUUCUUCAUGUAUGUAUAAAUUGAGAUUGAACUUGUUGAAUUUCUCAAAAAAAUUAUCCUUUAACUUUUCAAGAAACACUUCAUUAUUACUCCUUCUGUCCUUUUAAGUUUACAGCAUAUGACUCAAAUAUAUGAGAGUUUGUUAAGUCUUUAGUGCAAACUUAAAAACACAUAGAGAUCAGAGUAGUUAUUGUCAUUAUCAUGUUAUCUCAUGGCAUAUUGUGUGAGACACAUUUUGUUUAUAUAGUUGAAUUGUUUUCUUAUGAUUUGUUGUGUGUGUUUGACUAUAGCUGAUCAUACAACCAAAAGUUAAAAGAUUAUAAUUUAUAGCUAAUACUUUCAGAUUUUAGUCCUAGAGUAAGUUAGAAUUAAACACAAGAAAAUAGGAGAUCUAAAUUGAUUUGCAGUUUACUAAAGGAUAAACAAUAAUAGAGAAUAAAAGUUACUUUUAAAAUAAUGUAAGCCAUAUAUAAAAACUUGAAUUAUAAGUUGGUUGAUAUCAAUAUUAUGAUGGCUAAGGAUAUAAAAAAAAAGCAUCCAUUGCAUACUAAACAUGUUAUUAAGCUUAAAGCUUGGAUUGAAAGACAAAAAAGUAGUUUCAUAUCUCAUUAGAAAUAAAACCAUGGCCAACCACCAUCUGUAAAGUCCAAUCAUGAAGAAACCAUCAAUUAAAACCCUAAUAUACAUCUGCGACAAGUAAAGAAAUAAUUUUUGUCAAUCAUAAUUAAAUUUUAUCAUUUAAUUAAGAACCAGAAUGCAAGGAUUCAUUCGUUUUACCCCUAGAUUGAAACUUGGCCAAACAUGGUGAUUUGUAAAGCCAUAAUAUAAUUUAAUUAAAAGGCAUAAAGAAAAUGA